GCCUUAGCAGUCUUUUUAAACCAAAAGCCCACUGAAAAGUACUUCGGUAUGGGCCCCGGCCCAGCACCAGGCCCAUUGUCCAACUAUAUAAAGGAGAAGACUUGCUGACCUUUCCCCCGCGCAGGAGGUUCUUAUUUUCUCAAGCAAAGCUAAGAGUCACCACCGCCGAAGGAGAAUCGAGAGCUCGACGGCGCGGGAAGAAGAUGAUAAUUCCAGUCCGUUGUUUCACUUGUGGCAAGGUGAUUGGGCACAAAUGGGAUACUUACCUUGACCUUCUACAAGCUGAUUACACUGAAGGGGAUGCUCUUGAUGCUCUGGGGCUGGUCCGUUAUUGUUGCAGACGGAUGCUCAUGACCCAUGUUGACCUCAUUGAGAAGCUUCUUAACUACAAUAGUAACUCCCUCCCUCUCUCUCUAGCUAAUUCAUGGGCGCUUGCUUUUGUGUGCAUAUUACUCACUUCUCUAACAAGUUGCAUGGAUAGAAUGUGCUAGCACAUGCAUGUUGUAGCAUUACUCUCUAAAAGUAGGGUCCUUUCAAGUGGUCUGCAGUUGGCCCAAGUAUAAAGCUCUUGUAUUAAGCGAGCUAGUUGCAUUUAUCCUUAUCCUGGAUACUAAAUCCAUGCCAUCUUUGGAAUAGCUAUUUACUCGGUAGUCAACUGGUUUGAGCCCGCCAUAUGUUGCUGAAAUAGAUUGACAGACACCCCAAAUAACAUUUACUUUGGAGCAUUAUUCAAGUGAAAAAAGUUCACAUUUUGUGUGAAUCCAUACCAUAGUAAUAUGUAGUUUUGAGUCUUUAUUCAUCAAUCAUGUAACAGUGUUUCGGUUUUGUUUGUGUAAAAUGCCAACUGUUUCCAAUUUCCGUGCCUCUUCUUUUCACUGACCAUGACCCCUUGUUGCAGCUCUGGAGAAAAGUGAGGGCACUUGAGGUAGACAGUCCCAUCGACGUACAUGAGCAGUUUUGCAAUAUCUUCGAAGGCUGAAAUGAAUGAAGGAUGAUGACUGGAGACCAUGAGCAUUCGGUGCAGUAUGUCUGUGAAUUAGGGCCGCGUGUACCCUAGGUUUCCUUGUAAUGAAUCUCUGCACUGAGAUGUUGCUAGCGACCAACAGUAAUCGAAUCUGUCAAUUAACGUUGAGAUGAUUUUAGCUUGAAUACUGAUGCUCCGGAAUUUGCAGGUUGCCUAAACUUAUGUUGUAGUAUGUACGAAUAUCUUCAUCAUCGCAGUAGCGACUAGUAGGUAUUCGUUUUCCUUCUAGUAAACAUGGCUACUUGAAAAGCAGGCACUCGGGAGUUUACGUGAUCCGAACCCAACACCUCUACGUUGUGGUGAUGAAGAGCUUGUGCCCUGGAUCUAGAUUUCGAGGAGACGUUGGCUUCUUUCUUGUUCUUUUGCUGAUUUUCUUCCAUGGAGAAAAAAUGAGUUGAAUAAGCAUGAACAAGGAACGGUCUACCACCAAAGUUGAGG